ACAUUGAGGAACGAAUCAAUCAUUCACGUCUUCUAGCAAUAAAAAAAUUCAAAUAUUUAAGAUUAAACCAAAACUAUAUAGAAUCUCGAAAUAAUAUUUCAUUUUUGAUUAUAAAAGAAAAUUGAAGAGACGGUUUUAGAGAUUAAUCAAUCAUCGAAAAUGGUGGGAAACGAUUGGGUGAAUAGUUACUUGGAGGCGAUCCUCGCCGCGGAACCAGGGAUCGGCGACUCCAAAUCGUCGCUGCUACUAAGAGAGCGUGGCCAUUUCAGUCCGAGUCGUUACUUCGUGGAAGAGGUCAUCACUGGCUUCGAUGAGACUGAUCUUCACCGUUCCUGGGUCCAGGCUGCUGCAACAAGAAGUCCGCAAGAGAGGAACACGAGGUUGGAGAAUUUGUGCUGGAGGAUUUGGAAUUUGGCUCGUCAGAAGAAAAAGGUUGAAGGGAAGAAUGCUAAGCGGGCUGCUAAGCGCCAUCUCUUGCGUGAAAAAGCGAGGAAGGAAGUAACUGCUGAUAUGUCAGAAGAUUUUUCUGAAGGUGAGAAAGCAGAUGUGCCUGGUGAGAUUCCGACUCUUAGUGAUGGCAACACUAAAGGAAGAAUGUCUCGGGUCAGCUCUGUUGACGUCUUUGAGAAUUGGUUUGCUCAACACAAAGAGAAGAAACUCUACAUCGUCUUGAUAAGUCUUCAUGGUUUGAUACGUGGUGAAAACAUGGAGCUUGGUCGGGAUUCUGAUACUGGUGGCCAGGUGAAGUAUGUUGUGGAACUUGCAAGAGCACUUGCCUCAAUGCCAGGAGUCUAUCGUGUCGAUUUGUUAACCAGACAAGUAACUGCACCAGAUGUGGAUAGCAGCUACUCCGAACCGACUGAGAUGCUGAAUCCUCUGGACACAGACAGCACAGAACAGGAGCAUGGGGAGAGUAGUGGGGCUUAUAUCGUCCGUAUACCUUUCGGUCCGAAAGAUAAAUAUGUUCCCAAAGAGCUUCUCUGGCCUCAUAUCCCUGAGUUUGUUGAUAGAGCACUUAGCUAUAUUAUGAAAAUCUCUAAGGCUCUUGAUGAAGAAAUCUUUGAAGGAGGAGGAGGACAAGUGUGGCCUGUUUCUAUUCAUGGUCACUACGCAGAUGCUGGUGACUCCGCUGCUCUUCUCUCUGGGGCUCUGAACGUACCGAUGGUUUUCACUGGCCAUUCUCUUGGUCGUGAUAAGCUUGAGCAGCUCCUGAAACAAGGACGUCCAAAAGAAGAAAUCAAUGCUAAUUACAAAAUAAUGAGGCGGAUAGAGGCAGAGGAGUUGUGUCUUGAUGCUUCUGAAAUAAUCAUAACUAGUACAAGGCAGGAGAUAGACGAGCAAUGGCGCCUUUACGAUGGGUUUGAUCCGGUUUUGGAGCGUAAACUCAGAGCAAGGAUGAAAAGGGGUGUGAGCUGUUUAGGCAGGUUCAUGCCUCGCACGGUUGUAAUUCCUCCAGGAAUGGAGUUUCAUCACAUUGUACCACAUGAUGUGGAUGCAGAUGGAGAUGAUGAAGAUCCACAAUCUCCUGAUCCACCAAUUUGGUCUGAGAUUAUGCGUUUCUUUUCUAACCCACGCAAGCCUAUGAUACUAGCUCUUGCUCGGCCAGACCCUAAAAAGAACUUGGUUACUCUAGUCAAAGCCUUUGGAGAGUGCCGUCCACUACGUGAACUUGCUAACCUUACACUCAUAAUGGGAAACCGAAAUGAUAUUGAUGAGUUGUCCACCACGAAUUCAUCGGUGCUGCUAUCAAUUCUGAAGCUAAUCGACAAGUACGACCUUUAUGGUCAAGUGGCAAUGCCUAAGCAUCACAAACAAUCUGAUGUCCCUGAAAUUUACCGUUUAGCAGCCAAAACAAAGGGAGUAUUUAUAAAUCCAGCUUUCAUUGAACCAUUUGGAUUAACUCUAAUCGAGGCAGGAGCUCAUGGUCUGCCCACUGUUGCAACAAUAAAUGGAGGACCUGUAGAUAUUCAUCGGGUUCUAGACAAUGGUCUUCUGGUUGACCCUCAUGAUCAGCAAGCCAUAUCCGACGCCCUCUUGAAACUGGUCUCAGACAAGCAUCUCUGGACAAGAUGCAGACAAAACGGCCUAAAAAACAUCCACCUGUUCUCAUGGCCAGAGCAUUGCAAAACAUACUUGGCUCGUAUAGCUUCUUGCAAGCAAAGAUCUCCAAAAUGGCAGAGAGUCGAGUUCGAAAACUCAGACCCUGAUUCACCUAGUGACUCCCUCAGAGACAUACACGACAUCUCCUUGAACCUAAAACUCUCCUUGGACGGCGAAAAGAGUAGUGUAGAUACCAACUUAGACGCUGAAGACACCACCAGCGCUGAACGUAAAGCUAAGCUAGAGAAAGCUGUUUCAACUUUAUCUCAAAAGAAGAUCUCAACUGAGAAAAUCGACUCAAAGAUGCCGACUCUUAAAAGACGGAAACAUAUCUUCGUCAUCUCUGUUGACUGCAGCACAAACUCUGAUCUUCUCUCGGUGGUGAAAACAGUUAUGGACGUUGCUGGUGACUCAACAGGGUUUAUACUCUCGACCUCAAUGACUGUAUCCGAGACUCACACAACAUUGCUCUCAGGAGGGUUGAAGCCACAAGACUUCGACGCUGUUAUCUGCAACAGCGGGAGUGAGCUCUACUUCACAGCCUCUGCUUCUUCUGAGGAUAAUAAAACCGCGCUUCCUUACACGCACGAUCCGGAUUAUCAUUCUCACAUAGAGUUCCGCUGGGGUGGAGAGAAUUUGAGGAAGACUUUGAUUCGUUGGAUUAGUUCUGUUGAGGAGAAGAAGAAGAUGAAACAAGGAGAGAUUCUAUGUGAAGAUGAAGCUUCUUCGACUAACUAUUGCUUAUCUUUCAAAGUGAAAGAUCCUGCUUCGAUUCCUCCAAUGAAGGAGCUGAGGAAGUUGAUGAGGAUCCAAGCGUUACGUUGCAAUGUAGUUUACUGUCAGAAUGGAGCUAGGUUGAACGUGAUCCCUGUUCUUGCCUCACGAUCUCAAGCCCUUAGGUACUUGCUAGUGCGAUGGGGAAUUGAUUUAUCGAACAUGGUGGUGUUUGUGGGAGAUUCAGGUGACACGGAUUACGAAGGCUUGCUUGGAGGGGUUCACAAAACUGUGAUACUUAAAGGCAUAGCGAGUGAUUUGCGUGAGCUGCACGGCAACAGAAGUUACCCAAUGGAAGACGUGACGCCACUCAACAGUCCUAAUAUAACCGAAGCUGAAGAAUGUGGUUGUGAUGCUAUCAAGGUCGCCCUUGAGAAGCUUGGGAUUAAUCUCCGAAAGCCUUGAAGGCUGUGUGUUUUCCUCUAUUAAAAAAGGUUUUGUACCAACAUGCCACGAUGGUUGAAUUGAUAAUAAGAAAUACACUAUACAGAUAACAUUGUAUAAUAUUGAGCGAAAUAUAAAUUUUUGUGUUUGA